AUGUCCACUGCCACCACCAGCACGCCCAUCUCCCCCAAACUCCGCCGCCAAACCCUCGCCCCAUACCGACAUCCCUGGCCCCGUGCAGAGAUCGCCCCACGCACCGACUCAUACCUAACCCAAGCCUUCCACAUAAUCCUCACCUACAUCCACCGGCCCAACCGCGCCGGUCUGAUCGACGAUGUGGAAUACAAGAAUUACCUCAUUACUCUUGUUCAGAUUGCGAAAAUGGUAGCUCAACGACAUGGGAAUUUUAGUAAGCUGGGGCUGAACGAGAAGGAAUGGGGGUUUUUUGAUGAGGUGGUUGAGGAGGUGAAGGGGUUGUUUCCGGGGUUGGAUUUGGGGUUGGGGCAGCUGGCCAUCAAACACAUUGCGGCGGGUGCUGAGAGUGACGCUGGGAGUGAGGUUCAGGUGGGUGAUGAAGGGGCUGUGACGCUGGAAGGGGAAGUGGAUGGUGAACCGGGUAAGGAGGGCGGAGAUGUCGAAGUAGGAGUGUGUAAAAGCGAGGAAGCAGAAGCAGAAGAGCAGGACAGAAUUUCGGAUGAAAGAAGAGCAGAAAGAACCCUCCGCAUCACCGCCCUCCGCGAGGAAAUCGCUCAACUCACCCGUGACAUUGACGAAAUGACACUGCAGGAACAGGAAUACGAAAGCACUGGCUCUGCAUAA